UGACACUGAAAUUAAAAAAGAUAACAAUGGCGGACGUAUUGUAAAGUGACGCAAACGUAACGUCUUACGGCAUGCGUUUUAUUAAUAUUUUCAGAGUUCAAGUUGUGUUAAAUCGUUUUUUAACGUCAUUAGUGAAUACAUGACCAUUUAGAGAGUUGUCGGCAGUACACCCGAACAAUGGCGCGCGAGUUUGAUCAUCUUUUUAAACUGCUGAUUAUCGGUGACAGUGGUGUGGGUAAGAGCUGUCUGCUCCUGCGGUUCGCCGACAACACGUUUUCGGGUAGCUACAUUACGACGAUAGGCGUCGAUUUCAAAAUAAGAACCCUAGAACUUAACGGAGAGCGAGUGAAGCUGCAGAUAUGGGACACAGCAGGGCAGGAGCGGUUCAGAACGAUAACCAGCACGUAUUAUCGAGGCACUCACGGCGUCAUCGUCGUGUACGAUGUCACCAACGGAGAGUCCUUCGCGAACGUCAAGCGGUGGCUGCAUGAGAUUGAACAGAAUUGUGAUGUAGUGAACAAAGUCUUAGUUGGAAACAAGAAUGAUUGUCCGUCGCGGAAAGUGGUGGUGACGGAGGACGCUCAGAGGUUCGCCAGCCAGAUGAACAUACCUCUGUUCGAGACUAGUGCAAAAGAGAAUAUCAAUGUGGAGGAGAUGUUUCUCACUAUCACAAAAAUGGUACUAAGAUCAAAGCUCGAAAUGAAGGAGAGACAAAACGUCACAUCAAACGACACAGUCAACCUGAAGAAUAGCCGCAGCAAAAACAAGAAGAAGUGUUGCUAGUGGUGAAAUAGGGCACAGUGCCGGACACUAACGCUAUGCUCAAAUACUGUGUGUUGCACAACCCUAGCGGGACCUCGGACUACAAUAAGCCCGCUCCACACUCGUGCGUGAAUCGCGGCGCGAAGCAGCGAACGCGAGUGUGGAGUCGAGUUCACAGAUCUGCGAGCGCAGAUUCGCGCAAGAUUGUGGAGGGGGCUAUACAAGUGUUUCAUUAGUGUCAGAGAAUAUUUUCCUAUUUGGAAAACAGUCAUACUGUCCAGUCACUGGUGCUAGGAACAUGAAUUAUAGAUUUGUUCGAAACCCGUUUUCAAUAUUUUGAAAAUGGUUUAACUCUGUUCUCUCGUAAACAGACUUGAUUGGGCAGUUUGGACAUCAUGAACGGUAAUUUAUAAAUGUGUACUGCAUUUUUAAUGCGUGUUAUAAAAUGUUGAUCUCUAUUUGAAAUUUUGUCGCAAUUGAGUUGAAACUUAACUUAAUAUCAUUCAUUUUGGGAUAAUUAUGGCCUGCAGACAGCACAAUAGAAUCAUAGUUAGAUACUUUGCAUUGCCACAUAUUUACAUGCAUAUAAAACAAUUCUAAACUAACAUUUCAAAUUAUUAUUUGUACUACUAGGACAUCAAAUGUUAAACCACUGCAUUCAAAUUUCAUAGUUAUCUCUUAAGUCCUAAAUUGAUUUCAUACACAAGAGUUAUCUACUUUCUGGUGUCUUGGAUCUUGGUGCAUUGUAGACUUGUGAAGCAUGAAAGGCAAGACUGAACAAAAAAUUGAAAAUUAUCCUCAACAAUAUUAUAGUUGUUUGUUGCCUACAGUAUGAAAUUAAAAGCGGCCUGUCAGUGGAAAAGCACCUUUAAAAUAUGUCAGGAUUAAAGUCUAUCGACACUGUGCAACAAGUUUGUAUAUCAUUGUCAAUAUGUGGUUAUUUUUCAUUACGCUGGGUUGACACAUGUGCACGGGGAGCGAGCAUCUAUAUGGAAAGAUUGACUCCAAAAAUUACAUUAGGCUAUUAUGAAUGCAUAGGUGUGUUUGUACUCCCAAUAUCUUUAUGUGGUGGAGUGUGUAUGAUAUGGAAAUGUUGCAUAGAAUAUAUAAAUGUAUACCAUUAAUUUAAUUUUUACUAAGGUCUAUUUUGAGGGCAGGCAUCGUUUGGUUUCAUCACAUGAUUUUUUCAUGGCUCAGUCACUUUUCAAUGCAGUAUGUUUAUUAAGAACAUAUUUGUACGUAAAUUUUGUCCUAUUUUAAACACUAGAAACAAUUUUGCCGAGCACAAAAUGUAAUAAUUGGGGCAUUAUACAUGAAAAUGGACCUUAUUGUCGAUGGCGCUUACGCCGCACAGCGUCGCGCGGCAUUGUUUUUCUAUCAAAGCAUCGUUAAUAAUGGCGUAAGCGCCAUCGACCUUUGUCAUAAAUCCUAGAGGUCCUUUUUCAUAAAUAACGUCACAAUUGAACGGUAAGUAUAAUUUGAUGACCAAUUGCCAUUUUAUGCAUAUAGCCGAGAUUGUAUUUUAGUUAUAUGAAUGAUGUUAUAAUCAGAUAUAAAAUAGCAAAAUAUGAUAUGCGGGAAAUUUAUUGUGGAAUAGGAAAUACCAACUGUGCGUAUUUCCUAGCCAAACGUUUUACAGGAAAUGGCGAACUGUGAUUGGGCCAUAUCGGAACGAAUAAGGAUAAUUUUAAAGUAAAUUAAACAAUUGGAAAAUGUAUUAUUAUGAUUAUUUAAGUGAUGGUGCGCUGGGUGCGAUAUUCAAGUGUUGGUACUGAAUGACCAAUUCAUUUUAGGCCUUAUAGGGGCUAUAUAAACACAUCUGAAGAAAACUGUAGGUUUUGCUUUUAAAAAGUAACUUUUUUAACUCAUGGCUGAAACGGUACACACAUUUGCUGAUCACAUUUUAAAAGUAUAUUUUAUUUUUCUUUGUCCUUAAGUCAUAUAUAUUUUAAUAUUUACAUAUCACUGUAAAUAUUGGCAAAGGUAUUGUUAAUGCCAAAUUUUUCGUAUUCUGUUUGGUUGGCAACAAUUAAGUUGUUCAUAACUAAUUAAAUAACAUUUAGAAUACUCGCAAAGCUCUGUGAAGUUAAUGCAAUUUUGUGCAAACAUUUACCGUAAUAAUGAAAACAUAACGACAAGUUGGUUGGUUGAUUGAUAUUAGAGAAAGUGGAAUAGGUACAGUAACUCAAUAGAAAACUAAAAUUCAUCGUAUUGUAUCAAAAUAUAUAUACCUAAGUAAGUACUACUAUUUGAGAUAAUACUGUAUCCUUUGUCCCUGACAAACAAAGGUCAAUUCAAACAUCUGUUAUUUUGAUACGAUUUAAUGACUUAAAUAUCAGGUGUAAAUGUAUCCAAAUGGCAAGUGCAUGGUUAGAGUCCGUCUAUGCUAUUAUUAUUAUUGGGGUGUUAUGGGCUUAUGGGCCUUGGAGUGCCGCAUCGACCAGCAUUGAUCUAAUUCUAUUGUGACGGCCCUUUAAAGUUCAUUAGAGUUAGACCAAGAAAAGUCUGCAGCGAUUUUGAUAGCCCCCGCAGUGCAAGUGUUAUUUUAAACGUCAAACUUAUAUGAAAUUAUUACGUAUAAAUAACACUUGCACUUUUCUUCGUCUAACUCUACUAAAGCCCGUUACAUCUAGAAAAUUACAGAUUCUUCCGUGUAUGCUAAGUUUGCACUGGCUUGAAUAGAACGAAGAGAAUGAGUCAUUAUAAACGUCAAAUUUUCAUGGAAAUUUGACAUGAUGACAUCACAACACUUUGUCAUUGCAAAAGCUGUGCAGUGUUAGCCUGGUCCGACUCUAGACUUAUUUGUCGGGAUGAAAGUGAAUGAGUAGGUUAUUUUGUAAAAUUAUUGAGGCAACGUAUGUUUCAUGUGCAGUAUUGCAAUUUCCAUUUAUUUGUGUUCCGUACAAAACUUUGUUCACGGAACACUUAUGGGAUCACUUCGGUCUUGCAAAUCAGUUAAAUGCGUUUUUCUCAGAGACCGUUUGACGUAGAUACCUACAGUUAUUAUUUAUUAAGAACCCCGAGCGGGAACCUAUUGGAAAACAUGGAUUGAUAUUUUUGUAAUAUAGGUGUAAUUUUUAUCACUUAUGAAUUUAUAAACAAUUAUUUAACCAAA